CGUUAGAUUCAGCUGUCGUGCGGCAAGCCACCGAAACUGAGUUUGGACCAGGUGUGCUCAAGUUGAGCAAAUAGGGAUUCCGAACUAGAUUCCGAAUUGAUUAUCAGUCGCAAUGUCGGACAAGAAAGCCCCGGACAUGGAGUUGAAGAAGGCUUUUGGCGAGCUCCAAGCCAAGAUGUUGGAGACGCAGCAAAAGAUGAAGUUGUCGGAUUUGCAGAUUGAGAACUACAAACGGAGCAUGACUCACGCCCAACUCACGGAUCAGGAAAUUGGAUCCUUGCCCUCGGACGCGAAGCUCUAUGAGUCCGUGGGAAGAAUGUUUAUCAUUAGCUCCAAAGAUGAAGUGGCUAAAGGGUGAAUAUAAUCUUGCAUUCUUCU